GCCAUGGAUGGCAGCCACAUCAAAAGCUCAAUCGAUGGCUUGCCGGAUUUGCAGCUGGACCCGGGGCCGCAUGCAACCUGCCACUGGAUGUUGCCCAAGCUGUUGGCCGGCAGCUUCCCAGGUGACCGAACGGAACCGAAUCACAGCGCCAAAGUGCGUAGUUUGUUGGAUGGUGGGGUGAACACCUUUAUAUGUUUGCAGGAACACGGUGAAUUGAAGCGCUUUACUCCCUAUGUGACCACGGCGGAGACGCUGAGAAAGUCUGAAUCAACCGAGUUUCCGGAUGCCUUGGAGUUCUUUCAUUGCCCUAUUCAGGACAAUGAUGUCACCUCUGAUGACCAACUGCUUUGUGCCCUUCGCACUCUGGUGAAGAAGCUUCUACAGGGCCGCGGUGUGUACGUGCACUGCUGGGGGGGACAUGGUCGAACAGGAACUUUGAUUUGUGCUCUUCUGGUGACAUGCUAUGGUCUCAGCCCAGCAGAGGCUGAAGACCUCUACAACAAAGCGGAGCGACUCCGCGGGGCCAGAAAUGGGAUAUGGCCUGGAUCUGCUGUGCAGAGAGAGCAGGUGGAGCGCUUCGCUGGACGUGCACUUGAUUUGGAUGGACCUUUGCUACCACCUCUGGAGGAUUGGUCCGCUGGUGGACGCGAAGUAUCAGGAUAGGCUCCAAAUGCUUCAAAAUAUAAACUUGCAACAUCUUGCAAACGUUCCACUGAAAGACUGCAAGAUACAAACAAAGACAAGUCAGCGGCACCUGUGGGUCUCAAGCGGUUUUUGACGAAUUUGACCCGCUAAUCCGAACAAGGAGCCGGCUGUUUUCGCUGCCCCUUGGGUGGUUAGCUUGGAACAAACCACAUGGCCAGCCCGAGUGACGACGCGGUGAAAACCCACAAGCUGCUCAGUUCUGAGGAAGAAAA